GUAUUAUAGGAAAUGCUAUGCCCAUUUACCAAGGUACAAUGAAUUAUCCGACUGAUGUUCACAUUCGUAAUAUAUGCUCAUUAUUUGUGUGUCUAAUCUACUUCAAUCUAAAGUAUCCAAUAACUAACACACGAACGAAAGGGGCACACAAAUAAAUUCUUGUCCUAUAAAAGAAGUUGAGGUAUUUUGGGCACAAAGUGAUACUUGUCCACUCUAGAUUAAAUAGUUGAAAGUCGCAACAACAUGGUUUGAUUUUUCAUUGGUAAAAUACAUGUUUAUCCAUCUUGUUCUACCAAUCAAAUGCCGGAAUGCGCUUCAAUCCUUUCUAUGUAUUAUCCACUUGUUGUUCAUUCGUAUUAUGGAUAGAUCCAUCACACAAUAAUAAUGGCUUCGGUUGAUCACGUGAUCAACCUCUCGUUUAGUCCAUUUUACUUCAAGCAAGAAGCGUGCUGUAAAAAAACCAAACAUAAAGCUUGUUGAAGAUGACUUAUUUCAUUAAUAUUCAAUAUGAUUAGCGAAUCUUUAAGCUUUCGAAUUUCCAGAACUAUUCUAGUGCACGAUUACGCACACGUCCCUGCAAAAGUCACGUGGUUGUGUUGUGACGAGUUAAUCCGCACAGUGAAUGAACAACAAAUGAAUUAUAUUUGCUUUAUACGUUUUCGUACAUUCACUUAUCUCUGAAUGUCUUAUUAUAGAAAUCGGUAAAUUUCAUAGAUUUCGUGUUAUUAUGUAAAUUUUUCAUUUUAUUAAAUUAUAAUUACCAAUAAAUUCACGAAUCAUAAAUUACUGACAAGUUAAAGAUUUACUUACGAUUGGUUGAAUGUUUUGAUUGGUCAGAUACUCGACUUUUGUCAUGUGACCGUUCCCUAUUUAUGUUAAUAUCAGUAAUACUGUCUCGAAAAUUUUGUGGCAAAACAAUAACAAACUGUGUUUUGUGAUUGGUUUUUGUGGAUAUUCGGUGCGUAGCUAAAGAAAGUAAUCCACGGGUAUAUAUUGACGUUCACUCGUUUUUCUAAAGUGUUUUCACAUCGAAACGAACGAUCUUAAGAUUUUUUCGAAAUUAAUUUGAGAAAAUUUCGUUCGAAGCAAUGUCGUCGUCUAGGAAAAAUAUUUGCUGACGAAAGUCAUGGUCAUCUCAUGUGCGGAUGUUGAAUGUACUAUGUAAGCGCAUGGAUUGAGGAUUUUUAUUAUUAAUUUCUACCAGCAAGAACUAUGCAAACGAGCCAACUGUGAUUAUAUAUUUCACUAUUUUCUUUACUUUCACUCGAAAUCGAAUUGUUUCGCACGAUUUUACUUAUGUUUAGCAAGUUUAUACGAUUGCAUACAUUUGAUUAAUAUUUAAAAAAUCAACAAUUGAUAAUUGGAUAUUCGAUUGUUCUGUUAAUUGAAGGAAAGAUAAUUGAUUUUAUCACAAAUGGGAGAAUCUGGAUAUACAGAGUUAUUUCCAGAGAUUAAAACCAGCUCAAUGGAUAAUAUAAUAAAGCAAGAACCUAAUCAAGAAAUGGGUUCAUCUUCUGCAUCAGUACCAAUACCAGGGGGACAUAGAAACAGCAGAGGUGUAUACGAUCAAUUUUCACCAUCACCGUUAACUAUACCUUCCAUCUGGCCUACUAGACCAGAUUUUAUAGAAUCUCCAUUUAAAAUGGAUUCCGAUCAUUUAGAUGUUUCCUUCAAAAUGGAAGACGAUGAUAUAUUUCAAGUUGACAAAGCAGAUCUUAUUCAAGGACCUACUCUUGCUGAAUUAAAUGCCAAUGACGAUACACUUCUAGGUGAUUUAAAUUUUGAUGAUCUGCUUUUACCAGAAGAAAGGAUUCAACCAUAUAAAGUAGAUGUUAACGCUACACAACCAGUUGGUCCUUUGUUUAACGAUAAUAACGCUGGUUUUGCACCAAGCAGUUUUCCACAAUCUGGAUCAGCAUAUCGUAAUUGUCCUGCAUACAUAAAUACACAUGGAUGUAAUUUGAAUCUAAACGUUGUUGACAACUUGGAAACAAUUAGUCCUAACGCAUUUCCAAGUCCAGGAACCAGUAACAUUGCAGGUAGUUCAACAGCAAGUUCAUCAACAUCGCCACAUCCUAUGAAUAGGCCUAGUGGUCAAUCUGCACUUCACGAUCUGUUAAUGAAAAGAUGUGAAAAUGCUUUUGACAGUACUACUUGUGGACAGAUAGAUAUUGGAUGUGCAACCAGCAAUAAACCUAAAAUAUCCAGGUUGUCAAUGUCUGCACCAACUCGCACAAUGGGGUUUGAUCAGAUUUGGACUCGUAGAGAACCACGACCACAUUUAUUAAGUACUAGUAGCCUUACAGGCAGUGGUGUCAUCGAAGCAGGAUCCACGAGUAGUUUGAGUACUGGAGAAGCACUCAGUCCAGAUCCAUGUUACCGUAUUGAUCAUCUUAGUCACGACGAAGGUUAUGAAGAUAGUGAUGAUGAUAGUGAUCAUUAUGACGAUUAUAGCAGCGACAACGAUACAGGUGGCAGUGAUGGUGAAGAUCAGAGUACUGGAAGUAGAAUAGGAAGUGCAAGUGUAGAUUCAAAUCGAGAUAAUAAACACAGUAAAAAGGAACGAUUUUUUUGGCAAUAUAAUGUACAGGCGAAGGGUCCAAAAGGACAAAGACUCGUAGCAAGAACGCGCCUCGAAGAUCCACAUAUACUGAACGAAGCCACUGAUCCUGUCUUCAGCCCUCAUUGCGCACUUCGCGGAAUUAAGCAUAGUGGGAAGGCACGGAAAGGAGAUGGAAACGAUCUCACACCGAAUCCUCGAAAAUUAUAUAGUAUCGGUCGUGAAUUGGAUAAGUUGUCCCGUGUCAUAAAUGACAUGACACCAGUGUCAGAGUUACCUUUCACAGCAAGGCCCAAAACACGCAAAGAAAAGAAUAAACUUGCUUCCCGAGCGUGCCGCUUGAAGAAGAAAGCUCAACACGAGGCAAAUAAAAUAAAGCUACAUGGUCUUGAACAAGAACACAAGCGAUUGAUUCAAGGUAUAUGUCAAGCGAAACAAACGCUUGCUGCAAAGUUAGCGGAACCCAAUCCUGAAAAUCAAGAAGAACUGACACGACAGAUGGAAAAAUGUUGCAAACUGGCUACAAAGAUACGAAUUGCGAAUCACUCGACCGAAUUUGUCAACAGAGUAUUGGAUAAAGUUCGUGCUGGCGUUGUUGAUGGCGGCAUCGAUGAAUUUUAAUACACUACGAUUACUUACUAGAAACAUGCAUUCAUGUGUAUUGAUACAAAAUUGCGAGAAAGAGGUGAUACCAAUCACACACACACAGUUUUUGACAAUUUAUUGCGAAUCAGGAAUUAAAAGUAGGUGUCGUCUCGGCACAGAAAUCAGGAACCGAAAAUAAAUGUAAAAAUCGUUUUAGUUAUUUUACAGGAAAAAUAAUUAGUUAUUAGCGGACAACUAUUAUUAACAGUAUGCUAGCUUAAGUAAUAUUACAGAUAUUCUUAUAGCUUAUUUUAAUCUUUAAUAUUAAGGAAUUAUUUCAGAUUGCUCAUUUUUAUACAAACGAAAUCGUGUGCAUUAUAAAUCAUCGGUUCCUGACUUCAUUUGUGAUAAAUGAUUUCAUUUACUUUGAUGCUAUCAUGAACUUGUAAAUCUAUAUACACGCAUGCAUAUAGAAAUAUGCAUAAAUAUAUGUAUGUAUAACGCGCGCGUUGGCGUGUGUGUAUAUAUAUAGAUUUAACAAAAUUUCUGUGCAUUGCUUCAAACUGAAUGUUAUAAAACGUAUCAUGGACUCUCUGUCUCGUUGAGGCGCUGCAUUCCUAUUUCCUGUUUCUCUGCCUUAUUUCGUUCUUUAUCAUGUAUAUACUUUUUAUAUUUGUGUGUAUUGUGUACUUGUGUGGAUAUGUAUAUAACAUCAGAAAAAUGCCCUGAAUUUCGCAAUAUUAUUCUACAUGCUACGUGAUUACACAAGUAUAAAACUCAGUAUAAAAAUGAGGAAACGAUGCGUUUUAUUUGUCGUACGUUCAGGACACAUUUAUUUUUUUUGUUAUUCUUUUAAAACAUAUUUUAAUACAAGAAUUCAUAUAAGAAGAAUUUUAUUUUUAUGUAUUUUUAAAUUAUUUAAAAUUUUGUUAAGGUUACCAAGCAAGUAUAUGUCGUAUGGUAUGGACUAUUAAUAUCUCGAUAACAGUGAUAGUUAUCGUAAUCAAAAUAGUACAUACAUAUAUUUUAUAUUCGAAUAUAAAUUUUUCAUGUCACCAACAUGUAGGAGAGAAUUGCGAAGCCAGGAGUUCUUUUCUUUUUCUUUUUUUAUUUAAGAAACUCGAGUCUGUGAAUUAUGUUGUAUGUAAAACUUGUUUAUAAUACUAAGUACUUGCUAUGUUUGCAAUGAAUUUUAUAUUAUUAUUUUCAUUUUGCGUAUAUACGUAAAAAGUAUCAGUUAAUACAAUCAUUUGUAGCAGUUCAUGUGUAAACACAUGAAAUUAAUUACGAAUCCAGUGUUCGGUAUUUUUUUAAAACAUUACUGCAAGUAAUCAACAUGCAAUUCCAAAUUGCUAUUACAUACAAUACAAUUUUUUCAGUGAUUGAUAAGAUUAAUAAAAGAGUAAUUCUAUUUUUAAAGGUUUAUUUUGCGUUAAGUUAUUUGUAAAUAUUGUUUGAAAUUUAGAUUUAAAUAUACAAUUUUUUAUGUUAACAGGUUCAGGCAUUUUUCUUUCAUAUAUCACUAGUAGUAUUAGAGAGUUCUAAAAUUCAAGACAAUUGGUCUCUUAUUAAAAAUUAUCAAAACAGUUAAACACAAUAUUCUACUAUUUCAUACAAUUUUCGUUUUAGGUUUUGGUGACUUAUGUUUAUAAAUAUUAUGUAUUGUACAGUACACAUUUUAAGAUAAUGUCAUUCAUAAUUCAAAAUUUUUAUUUUAGC